GUGGUAUAAACCGUGGUUUCGAUUAUUAUUGUGUUAUUCCAUUUGCCUCAACUCUCUCUCUCACACACCCAUGGCUUUGGAGGAAGAAAGAGAAGAGCACCAUGUACUACCUCUCAUGGAGCCCUUGAAGAAAGAAAAAGAAGAGCAUCAUGUGCUAAUGGUAGCAUUUUCAGCUCAAGGUCACAUUAAUCCCAUGCUUAGACUAGCCAAACGCCUUCUCUCCAAAGGCCUCCAUGUCACUCUAGCCACCACCGAGAUCGCCCGCCAACGCAUGCUCAGCUCCUCCGCCACCACCACCACCGCCAUGGCCGACAAUUCCAUAGCCGGAAUCAGCCUCGCCUUCUUCUCCGACGGCCUAAGCCUCGACUACGACCGCAAGACCAAUCUCGACCACUACAUGGACACCCUAGCAAAAUUUGGACACAUAAACCUAUCCACCAUAAUUCACAACCACACUCAAAGCCAUGGCCGAAAGUUCUCAUGCAUCAUCAACAACCCUUUCGUCCCGUGGGUGGCCGACGUCGCCGCCGAGCAUGAAAUCCCAUGUGCCAUGCUUUGGAUUCAACCAUGCACGCUCUACUCUAUAUACUACCGCUUCUACAACAAUCUUAACCAAUUCCCAACCUUAACCAACCCUGAUAUGAGCAUAGAAUUACCAGGACUGCCCUUGCUUCACACACAAGACCUACCCUCUUUUGUUCUUCCUUCAAAUCCUCUGAGCACCUUUCCCAAAUUAUUCACCGAAUUGUUCCAAAACAUGAAGAAGCUGAAAUGGGUUUUGGCUAAUUCGUUCUACGAGCUCGAAAAAGAUGUGAUUGAAUCCAUGUCCGAGCUCUGUCCCAUCAAACCCAUCGGCCCGUUAGUACCAUCAACACUGUUGGGUGAAGAUGAAGAGACCGAUGCCGGUAUCGAGAUGUGGAAGUCUGAAGACAGUUGCAUCGAGUGGCUGAACCAACAAGAGCCCAAAUCGGUCAUUUAUGUCUCCUUUGGAAGUAUUGUUGUGUUGUCGGCCAAGCAAAUGGAGAGCAUCGCAAUCGGUCUAAUGAACACCAAACGGCCAUUUCUUUGGGUGGUGAAGGCAUCUGAUUACCAAGUCAAAGACGGUGACGGACAAUUUCCACUAGGGUUUAAUGAAGAGACUAAAGACCGAGGCCUUAUCGUGUCGUGGAGUCCUCAGAUAAAGGUGCUGUCACACCCGUCCGUCGCGUGUUUCUUGAGUCACUGCGGAUGGAAUUCUAUGCUAGAGACGAUCACGGCCGGUGUGCCCGUGAUUGCUUAUCCACAGUGGACUGACCAGCCGACGAAUGCCAAGUUCAUUUCCGAUGUUUUACGCAUAGGUGUGAGGCUGAGGCCGAACCAAGACGAAGGGGUGACCGAUGAAGAGGUCACAAAAUGCAUAGAGAAAAUUAUGGUAGGGCCGAGCUCGGAGGAGUUCAAAAAAAAUAUGGCCGAAUUGAAGAUGGCUGCUCGGGAGGCGGUGGCCAGUGGCGGCUCAACUGACCGGAACAUUCAGUGGUUCGUAGAUGAGAUCAUAGGAAGUCAGGGUACAUUAAUUUCAUGAUGUUGAAAUGGAACCUAAAUGUGUGGUCAAUUUAGGGUUUGUGUAAGAUAAGUUCAUGCAUGGAUGCUUUUUUUUUCUUUUUGUACUUUUGUACAUGACACGACAAGAGAUGUUGUGGCGUUAGAGACGUCUCUGCAAUAAUGAAUGUGUUGGCUAAAUUUAAGACUAUGAGGCCAAGAGGUAGUACCCAUAUCCAAUGAAAAAAAUUAUUUUCUGGUGCCCA